AUGAAAUUUGGAGAGUCCCUUAACGAAGGGUUGGUUCCCGAAUGGAAGGACCAAUACGUAGACUAUAAGGCUGGGAAGAAGAUCAUCAAGGCUGCUGGGAAGCUCAAGGAUCAGUACGAAGAUGAGUUGGCCAGUGAAAAUGAGCAAAAUGAGCAAAACGACAGAACUCCACUACUAAACCCCCAGAUCGACGAAGAAGAUCAUCCCACAUAUACUUUGGACGAAGAGCCUGGUAACUCCCUAUCAGAACACGAAAGAGAGGCUCCUUCUGGAACAUCAGCUGGAGCAGCAGAAUCUGCUAAUACCUCGGUUUCAUUCAGAAGGCCGUCAAUUUUUACCUAUCUGAGACCAGCAACGCUUAAGUCAAAGGAUAAGAAGGAGGAGUUUGAGUUGGAGAAGCAGACUUUCCUCAACUGGCUCGAUGACCAGUUGCAGAAAGUAGACUCAUUCUAUAUGGAGAAAGAACAGGAUACGUACGAGCGUUUCUUGUUGAUCCAAGACCAGUUAUACCAGUUGAGAGACCACAAGACGUCGAUUUUGAAGGAAAAAACAAGACACGGUGCCACUUUCCAUAGGGCCGACAAUCCUGACAAGCUUUACAAGAAAGUUAAUGAUUUUGCAUUCCACACCAAAUCGGCUAUCUCAGCCUUGAACCGUUUAGAAUUACCAUCGUUGCCUUCUGGAGUGUUUCUUGACAAGUUGAGAUCUAAACAGCGCAAUAACGACAUCGAUAUGUCUAACAAGAUGGAAGAGUUCAAUCCCAAUGACGCUGAAAACAGAAUUAGAAACGGAGUCACAGACUUCAACUCUGAGUUCAACGACGAGUCAUCAAUCGAUUCAGAAGCUACGGGACGUGACAUUCCCAAUAGACGGCAGCCUCAGACCGAGGCUCAAAUUAGACAGUCUAAGCGUAGAGACUACUCUACUAAAAAGCAGCAUUUCGGUGUUCCCUAUCUUUAUGCCAGAAAGCAGCUCAAGGAUGCCAUUUUGGAACAUUAUAGAGCGCUUUCCUUGUUGAAAUCGUUCAAGAUCAUGAACAGAACAGCAUUCAGAAAGAUCACCAAGAAGUACGACAAGACAAUGAAGACCUCCAAUCUUCUCAAGACAUACAUGAACAAAGUAGAUAACGAGUCGUAUUUUCAGACUUCAGACUUGCUUGACAAGUUAACCAGCCAUGUAGAGGAAUUGUUUAUAGCCUUUUAUGAUCCUGAAACUACAGACAGAAAGCAUUCUUUGGAAAAGUUGAAGAGCAUCGCCUACGCAACAAACGAUAUCAGACAGCCAACAUACUACCGGUCUUUGUUUUCGUCCGGUUUUAUGCUUGGAUUUGGGUUUCCUUUGUUCGUACUUGCUAUUUAUACUGCAUUACGUAAAACUUUAUCAGGAGAAUUCCCAGAAGGAAGAUUUCUUCUCCAAAUUUGGGGUGGAUUCUUUUUGAUAAUUUUGGUCUUGUUGCUAUUUGGAAUAAACUUGGCCGUAUUUGAUCGCUUCAAAAUCAACUAUAAAUUCAUUUUCGAGUUCGAUAUGUCGCGAGCCUUGAAUUACAAGCAAUUCUGGCUCCUUCCGUCUUUUGGGUUUUUCCUAUUAUCUAUACUCAUGUGGUUCAGUUUCCAUGAUUUCUGGCCCGACAGGUUCGCAGGAAGAGACUGGCCAUGGAUAUUUUUUGCAGUAUCUAUUGCUAUAUUCAUUUGGCCCGGAGAUCAGUUCUACGGAUCUAGUAGGAAGUGGCUCCAGAUUGCCCUUUGGAGAUUACUUCUAUCUGGGUUAUAUCCUGUUGAAUUUAGAGACUUCUUCUUGGGGGACAUUCUAUGUUCUUUGACAUAUACAAUGGGUAACAUAUCAUUCUUCUUUUGUCUUUAUGCCCACCAUUGGAGCGGAAUAGAUGGAGAUUCUGAUAGCAAUGUCUGUGGAUCGUCUAAAUCCCGAUUGAUGGGAUUCUUCGCUACUCUUCCUAGUAUUUGGAGAUUCCUUCAAUGUGUAAGACGUUACAUGGACACUGGUGACUGGUUCCCACAUCUCGCCAAUAUGUUGAAGUACGCUGUUUCCGCCCUUUACUACUGUUUUUUGAGUGUCUACAGAAUUGAUAGAACCAGAGAAAACAAGGUAAUAUUUAUCAUUUUUGCAUUCAUUAAUUCAAUCUAUUCUGCUACGUGGGAUGUUGUUAUGGAUUGGUCGUUACUUCAAAGCGGUUCCAAGAACAAAUAUUUGAGAGAUAAUCUAUUCUUUAAGCAACCAAGCUAUUACUACUUGGCAAUUAUCGCCGAUGUCAUCUUAAGGUUCCAGUGGGUAUUUUAUGCAUUUUUCAGUAACCAGGUGCUGCAACUGGCUGUCACCAGUUUUUGUAUUGCUUGUGCCGAAAUUAUCAGAAGAUUCAUUUGGAUCUUCUUUAGAAUGGAAAAUGAACAUUGUACCAAUGUUAUUCUUUUCAGGGCUUCCAAGGACUCUCCUUUGCCAUACAACGUAUCAGCGAGAGUAGAGAAGGCUAUCAAGAAAUUGGUCGAGUUGAAAUACCAGACGCAAAGCUUGGAUCGUGAUGAAGACAUUUUGCGCAGAAUUCAAUUCGCUGACGAAGGUAGAACCCCAGUCACUCAUUCGAAUCUCUCAUACACAACUAGUUCUCGUGCAAACGUUGAUGAAGAACGUGAUGUUGCGAUGAGUAGAGUCCCAUCAGGAACUUCAUCCUUAGCUCAAUUGACGCGUCGUAAAUCGGCAUUACUGUCUUUGAGUGAAGCUUUGAAUAGAGCCCACAUUAAGGAUUUCCAAAGAAGGAAGACAGUGGUAGCAGUAGAAUAUAGUGACGAAGAAGAUGACGAUGAUGUCAACGACUUGGAUAGAACAACUUCGUUCCCUAAGAGUAAGAAGACGUUACAAUCUGUUAACGAGGACGACGAUGAAUAG